CGCUGUCAGAGUACUGGUCUGCUGCAAGGGAUUGCGCGCUCCUUCGCUUCCCACAUUUACCGCCCUGCCUGCCUACCAGCACCAGCCGUCAGCAGCCUCUUCCAGCUGGCGGAGAAAUCAGCCGGAGAGCGAGGGAUGGAAGGAGACCUGCAAGCUACAGGGGACACGAGCGGCUUCUUAACCGGGAUGAGCCACUGAGAUGACACGGAAUACUGUUACACAAGAAAACAGUGAACAGCGUUCACCUCUUUAAUUCUUUUUUUUUUCUCUCUCUCUCCCUGCAUCCGUCACUGAAAGCAUGAUUACCCGCUUGACUGGAUUUAAACCUCACAAAUCAGUGAUGCUACCAGAGAUGGACGAUAAUACGUGCUGACAGAUCUGAAACUUAAGCAGCAAAGCGGGAGAAGAACAGAGCAAAACAGACAUUUCAAAAGAUUUUUCCUUGGUCUGUCUUUUUUUUUUUCUUCUUCUCUGGUUGUCUCUUCUCCCCUCUGAUCAUUGCAGCAGAGGACUGCAGAGGAGCUAAAGAGACAGAGCUCAUGCAUGCAGACAGGGGAACUUGCACUUCCUACCAUCACGCUGAAAGAUACUUGAAUUCCUUCUCUUUCUGGCUCUUUCACUUGAGGAGAACUAAGACAUUGUAAGCCUGCCAAGGAUCUGGUGUCCACUGAAAAGGGAGAAGGGAGGGGGGGAGAAUUUGUACCACAGUGGGGUCUUUUUUAGAUUCGCACAUAAUUAGUGUCGGGGCACAAAGCGAGAGGCUGAAUGGAGAUUGUCAGCUUUUGGAAAGGGGUGAGUAGGAAUCUUUUAAAUAAGAUCUGUCAGUGAGGACGUCUUUUUUUUCCAACCCCCUUUACUCUCCACCUACUGCUUGAUUUUUGACAUAAGCACAGGGACUUGCCUUCGAUCCUUUGUAUUUUUGACAAGGAUUCCCUUGUUUGCCUAAUUAAAAAAUAUCAAAUCACUGCCUGCAACUUAAAUACAAAAACUGGAUUAAUUAAUACAUUUAUUAGGAUAAAUAUGAUGUGAAGGUACAAACAAAAACAAUAUCCAGAGUGGUUCAAUGGACAUUUUCUCGGUGACAUCCCUGGAUAUUUAUGCUAAUGGAUUUCCUUCUAAUUGGACUGUACCUAAAGUGGCCGCUGAAGAAGCCCCCUGGGUUGAUACUUUGUUCACUGGGCAUUUUCCUGAGAAUGGUUCCCCUGGUGGAGGGGGUCUGUCCGAGGCUGUGCCGCUGCGACAGCAAGCUGCUGUACUGCGAGGGGCUCAACCUCACAGACAUUCCCCGCAAUCUGAGCAGUGCCAUGGGCCUGUCCAUGAGAGAGAACAACCUGACCGAGCUGCGUGAAGGCCAACUGAAUGGUUUGUCACAGCUCACCUGGCUCUACUUAGAUCACAACAACAUUGACAUUGUGGAGGAGGCUGCAUUUGACAGGCUAAGACGUGUGAAGGAGUUAGACCUGAGCAGCAACCGGAUUGAGAGUCUGCCAAAUGGCACCUUUAGGCCCCUCCCAAACCUACGUAUUCUGGACCUCUCCUACAACAGGCUGCAGGCGCUAGAGCCCGACCUGUUCCACGGCCUUAGAAAGCUCAGCAAUUUGCAUUUACGCUACAAUGCUCUAAAAUUUGUGCCAGUGCGGAUUUUUCAAGACUGCCGGAGCAUGCAGUUUCUGGACUUGGGAUACAACCAACUACAGAGUCUUGCUCGAAACUCCUUCGCUGGCCUCUUCAAGUUAACAGAGUUGCAUCUUGAGCACAAUGACCUGGUUAAAGUCAACCUAGCCCACUUCCCUCGCCUCAUCUCUUUACGUACUCUAUACAUGCACAACAAUCAUGCUACAAUUGUUGUAAAUACCCUGGACUGGACAUGGCAUUUUUUAGAGAAGAUUGACCUGUCUGCCAAUGAAAUCGAGUACAUUGAGCCACAUGUGUUUGAGAGUGCACCCAACCUCAAGGUUCUAAUGCUGGACUCCAAUCGUUUGACCUCUGUGGACCAGCGGAUCCUGGAUUCAUGGUCUUCUCUGGACAGCAUUACCCUGGCAGGGAAUGACUGGGAGUGCAGUCGCAACAUGUGUGCCUUGGCCUCCUGGCUGAGUGCCUUCCGAGGCCAGCGUGACAAUUCCCUGCUGUGUUCAAGCCCCGACACUGCACAGGGCGAGGAUGUGUUGGAUGCUGUCUAUGCUUUUCAGCUAUGUGAGGUUCCCCCAAUGGAAGUAACUACAGCAGGCCUGUACGCCUCUACAAGGGAUCUGGCCCAGGGUGGCUCUGUUUUCCUGGGCCCAUUUACUCAAAAUCCUUAUGAGGGUGAGGGCAGUGAAGUGGUCACCAGUUCUUUCACUGUCACAGUGGGCCAUGAUGACCUGGAGAGCACCAUGCAGAUUCAUAAGGUGGUGACUGGCACCAUGGCCCUCAUCUUCUCCUUUCUCAUCAUAGUGCUCAUGCUGUAUGUAGCAUGGAAAUGCUUUCCUGCCGGAAUAAGACAACUGAGGCAGUGCUUCAGCAGCCAGCGUCGCAAGCAGAAGCAAAAGCAAAGCAUGCAGCAGAUGGCUGCAAUUUCCACUCCGGAGUAUUAUGUUGACUAUAAACCCAACCACAUUGAGGGAGCUCUGGUGAUCAUCAAUGAAUAUGGCUCCUGCACUUGCCAACAGCAACCUUCUCGGGAAUGUGAGGUGUGAUCCUGCUUUGUGAGUGCGUCAUUAACUGUGAUUUUCUGGAUAUACAGUAAAUCCCUUUUUUGGAUACACCGGGGAGAGGAAUACUGCAGGACUGAAGGAUUAAACUGAUCUUUUGGACACUUUUUACACAGCAUCUCACUGUGAUUUGGAAGGAGUGUGCUUUAUGCAGCUGACUAUUUCAAGGUGGAUUUACUGUUACUGCUAUCCUCUCCUGAUUUGAGGCCACAGGGCAUAACGGGCACAUAAUUCUUGGACCUGUUGAUGCUAUACAGAAAAGAGAGGAGUACAUCGCUUUUUUCUCAUGGAUGGAUAAUUGAGCUUUAAAGUGUCUUUCUACUUAGGACAUAUAAUUAUUGUUUAAAAAUAAACUGGGAACACAUAAAAGAAGAAAAAAGAGAAAACAACCAUUUGUAUUAUGGUAAUAUUUGACGAGCAACUAAAAUAUAAAAAAAAAACUGUUUAAGUUGGAUUAAAAUGUAAAAAUAUGUCUGUGUAAAAUAUGUUUAAAGAAGAAGUGCAAGUGUGGACAAAAAAUGAAACAAGAUAAUCUAUUUCUUUUGUAAACUACAAAAAAUGUUUAAAUAAAUGAAUUGCUAUUCACAGUAAACUCAUUUGUAUGUGAGAAGCCUGUCAGAGAGGGUGAAUGACAACAGACGCAGGAUUCGCCCUCAUGGACUGAAAAUCCAUGUCUCUGCAGUGUAUCGAACCAAAAAAAUAAAAAUGAAAUACAGAACAAAAACAAAGGCCAGAGGGAUAUCUGCAUCUCAUCACCAAUGUAAAAUCCAUGGUCUGAAUUUUAGAUCUCUCUGUUUUAUCUCUCAUAUUUGUUGUUUAACAUUCACUGUGUUGGCUCGCUAUCAGUGUAGUUUAUUUCCCCCCUUCCCAUUGCCUGUGUUUGAAUAGAUUCAAAUGAUCUAUUUCAUCUUAAUCACUAAGCAUAUUUUCAUAUUAUUAUAUCACUAUUUGUGUACCAUCCAAGUAAAGAAAGCAGAGUGUCAAAGAUCUAAAGCUAUGUCUCUCAUUGUGUCUCCCCUUUUUGGCUUUCACAUAGGAGUGACGCCUCCUUUUACUGAUUCAAGCACACUAGACUGAACAGUCAUUUUAGCGCUUAUUGAAAUCAAAACAGCUUCAAGCCAGCUUCAAUGAGGUUAUGCACUUACAAUACUAUUCACUGUGUUUUCAUGUGAUCUACAGUGUUUGUCUAUUUUGAGCUCUCUCUCUCUCUCUCUCUCUUUCUCUCUCGAUAUAUAUAUAUAUAUAUAUAUAUAUAUA